AUAUAUUUGUCAUAUAAGUGACAAUUAAAAGUUUUAUUAGGAUUUCAGUAGAAAAAUAGUUGAAUAUCGCUAGUUAUCGUCAAUUUAAAUUAAAUUACACCUCAUUAUAACAUUAAUUGUUUGUUGUCUUGUUUUAUAUUUCUCAAUAUCUCUGUCAUACAAAUUAAUGUCUGUAUGUGUCUGACUGAGACAUCACAUCAACUUUAAUGAUAAUCUCUUAAUCGGUGUCCAAAUUAAUAAUGACAAUCAAUUACAUUAUAUUAUUUUGUCUUGCUCUAAUACUGCCUCAAUGUCUAGUCGGUGUCCAGCAAGUGAUACAAUCGGGUCCAACAGACGUGGUUUCUGUAUUUCGUAAUACUAAUUGCCGCUACCGAACCUGUCGGUUGAGUUCAUCUCCCUGUCCUGCAUCAGCUCAAUGCCGUUCAACUGCUCCGGUUGUCGUCCAAAGGCAUGUGGAUGUUGUGCCCCAAGUGGUUCAACAGCACGUGGAUGUUAUACCACAACAAGUGGUUCAACAACACGUUGAUGUUAUACCUCAAGUGGUCCAACAGCACGUGGAUGUGAUUCACGUGCCGCGUCAGACAAAACGCAUUACGGCAUGUCCUCAGGGACACUACUUGUCACCCGACGGCACACAUUGCAAACAUAUUGACUGUGAUGUCGGCUUUACAUUCAGCGAUGAAUACUUGAAAUGUGUUGACAUUAAUGAAUGCGAGCGACACGUGUGUCUUCACGACGAGUCCUGUAUCAACACUCACGGCUCAUACAUUUGUCGCAAAAUCUGCACCCAAUCUGGUUAUCGACUCAAUGUUCUGACCAAUUCAUGUGAAGACAUUAAUGAAUGUAUUGAAGGCACUCAUCUUUGCGGACCUCAACAAACAUGUCUUAAUAGACCCGGAGGUCAUGAAUGUCAAUGCCCUCCAGGGUAUCGGCUGAAUGGUCCAGUCUGUGAGGAUAUCGAUGAGUGUCUUCAUUCACAUGUCUGUCCCGCUGAGACUUCAUAUUGUCGUAAUAUUCCGGGCAGUUAUGCCUGUAUUUGUAAGGGUGGCUUUGAACACGACGGCACCGGUAAGACAUGUGUGGAUGUCAACGAAUGUCUCAUUGGUAACGGUGGCUGUUCUCAUGUAUGCAUCAAUAAAUUUGGUUCACAUGAGUGCUCGUGUCCUACCGGUUACGAGUUAUCACCCGAUGGCCGAACAUGUCUGGACAUUAACGAAUGCGCCAAAUAUGGGUCAACCCACUUAUGUACACCUGAGACAUCUACGUGUGUCAAUACUCCCGGCUCUUAUUACUGCGACUGUAAACUUGGCUUCCGUGACGACGGCAGCCGCAAGAACUGUCUGGAUAUCGACGAGUGCUCUGAACACACAUACCUUUGCCAACAAAAAUGUGUCAAUACGUUUGGCUCAUAUAAGUGUCUUUGCAAUCGCGGCUACCGUUUGGUCGGUGACCACCGAUGCGAGGAUGUAGAUGAGUGUCAUGAAGGCGACUACAUUAACACUGUGGCCUAUAGUCGCUUCAAAACAGAGGUUGGAGUACCAAAGUUAUGUCAGGGACAUUGCGAAAACAGUUUGGGAUCAUACCAUUGUACGUGUCCUCACGGAUAUAAAUUGAUUCAUGACCACCACUGUGUCGAUAUUGAUGAAUGUCGUGAACAUAACUACUGUCGCGGACACAACCAGACCUGUGUGAACAUUGGCGGUAGCUUUAGAUGUAUUCAUACGGACUGUCCGCCAGGAUAUCAUAGAGACGGAGCUCAAUGCAAAAUAACUCAAAGACUGAUAUACGCUGAAAUCUGUGACGACCCACACAUCAAGUGUAAUGUCAACCAAAUUAUAUGCUAUUCAUACGCUUACAUACCGUUCCGAUCAAAAUUUUUGCUGAAAUCAGAGACCGGUUCCCAUGAAUUUUUUACAUUUAUUGUACCAAUAGAGUCGCCAAUAAUUGCUGAAUUUGGUCUCCGAUUAAUAUCGGUAAAGUCGCCACAUCUUCAUGUGAAGCCCGCAACUCGUGAGGACUUUUUCCUCAAACGAACCAAAGAUAAUGAGGUGAAGAUAGUUAUGUUAAAUCCAUUGGAGGGCCCGCAAGACAUUGAACUGGAAAUUGAGGCCAAAAUGUAUAAAAAUGGUCUACAAAUUGGCCGAAAUUUGGCAACUGUUAUGGUAUUCAUAUCUGAAUAUGAAUAUUAAUUCUCAGUUUAUUGUUUUAU